AUGGCUGGCUCAGAUAGCCGCAAUGCCUCUCCAUUUGGAGGACCAGAGGAGGACGAUUCCGCCAUAAUAUCCACACGCGGACUCGAGGCAUUCGGGCGCAAGGUCACAACAACAGCCGGCCAUCUCAUAGGAGAUCCGACUUCCAAUGCACAUUAUCAAACAGCUAUGAGCGACCUACAUAAACAACUGCGGAGGCCGAACCUCCAAAGAAACGUCUUCUCCUUUGCGAAAACCACCCCGACAGAUCUCGUUCGAUCGAAGCUGUCGACAUCCGAGAUACAGUACCGGGCCUUGACAUAUCUACCCGACGAACUUUUGAGGAACAUCCCGGAGGAUGAGAAUACCUACUCGCUGUUCCAAGGCUUCCAAGCCACGCUGCCGGAAAGCAGCCCAGAAGCAAAAAAGCAUCGGAGGAAAAUAUCGAGGGGGAGGAAGAUGCUCGAGGAUGACAAGUCGGGGUCAGAUACGCCACCAUCGUUAGGGAAGCUCAAGAAGGAAAGGAAUACGCUGAAUCACCAACUGGAAAUGAUGGGUAUCCGGAAAAACAUGGCUAGUAGCGAGAUCCAUGAAAUCGAUAAUAAGAUUGCGAAUCUGAAUAGCAUGCGGAAAAUCGUGUUGGAGAGGUUAGCAGGGCUAGAGCAGGAGGAAAGCAUGUUGGAACAUGACAUACUUGAUGUGGAAAACCGCCUUGAAGAUGCACAAGAACAACUCGAAGAUGCCGAAGCAUGGAAGGCGGAAGUAGACCUGGAAGAUCCGGACGAAGAUGCUAAAGACGCCUCUUUCAUGUCAGAAUCGAUAUACCAAAAGCUACCUUCGGCGAGUAGCACUCCAACGAGACCGAAACGUCAUAAGACUAUUCGCCGGAAAUCGAUGCCCAUUCUACAUGAGCAUUUUGACCCUGGUUCAAUGAUUCGGGAGAUACAAGCUCAUAACGACUCAAUCACAGCCCUAGAUUUCGAUGUUCCAUUUGGGACCAUGGUUACCGCGGCGUUAGACGACAGUGUUAGAGUAUGGGAUCUGAAUGCUGGGAGGUGUAUGGGUUUACUUGAAGGCCAUACAGCCUCUGUACGAGCUCUUCAGGUAGAAGACAACAUUGUAGCCACCGGAUCUAUGGACGCCACUAUUCGACUAUGGGAUCUCAGCAAAGCACGCUACGAACCCCUGGACAACCGGAUCAACAAAGACGGUGAUGAGGAUGAAGAUCAUUUAGCUUUUGGAGGCGAUGACGAGGCAUUUGAUCCCCCGGUUGGGACAAUGAUUGAUUGUCCGCUCUUUACGUUAGAAGCUCACGUGGAUGAAGUCACGGCGUUGCAUUUCAGAGGCGAUACACUCAUUUCUGGCUCCUCAGACAAGACACUACGGCAAUGGGAUCUCGAGAAAGGACGGUGUGUACAAACACUAGACGUCAUGUGGGCCGCUGCUCAAGCUUCAGCAACCAUGGGCUCUAGCGAAGGCACAUGGCGACAAACCGGCCGAGUGGCAGACUCAUCAGCCGACUUCGUAGGUGCGGUACAAGUCUUCGACGCUGCAUUGGCUUGCGGUACAGCAGAUGGCAUGGUCCGGUUGUGGGAUCUGAGGAGCGGGCAAGUCCACCGGAGUCUAGUUGGGCAUACGGGUCCCGUGACGUGUCUUCAAUUCGACGAUGUACAUCUGGUUACCGGUAGUGUAGAUAGGAGUAUACGAAUCUGGGAUCUCCGAACUGGAGCCAUCCACGACGCAUAUGCAUACGACUCCCCCAUCACCAGCAUGAUGUUCGACAGCCGCCGCAUCGUCUCAGCAGCCGGCGAAGACGUCGCGAAAGUAUACGAUAAGACAGAUGGGCGGCACUGGGAUGUUGGGUCUGGAGUCACGGCUGAGGAGGAGAGCAGGACGCCUGCCGUUGUCGAGAGGGUGCGCAUUAAAGAUGGGUAUCUGACGGAGGGACGCAAGGAUGGUAUUGUGGGUAUUUGGACGUGUUAG